UAGCCAACCAGCAGCUCGACACACAGCUGUAUGUAGUGUGGCCCAGGCAGUAGGCACUGAGGAGGGGACACUUGGGUCGAAGGCUCAGGGUCCUGGGUGAAAGGGGUUCAUUGCUGCUAGAGUUUGGGUUUUGGAAGUUUUGCCUGGGAUUUCAAAGAGAUUCCUGUCAUUUUCCCACAUAUUUUUUCCUGGAAAAGAGAACUUGCACUGGCAGGAAAGACCUCCCCUGGUGAAGUAAGGAGCUGAGCCAGCCCCAAAGAUCAUGAACGUGUCUUCUGAGCAUUGCAACAUAUCAGAUUGGCUGAGGCUGGAAGCAUCGGUGAAGGCCUCUGUGUAUUUGGUUGCUUUCUCCUUCGCCACAUUCAUCACCAUCGUCAUUGUCACCAUAGUGUCACAGGAUCGGAAACUGAGGAAAGAGGUCCGGCACAUCCUCCUCUGCCACCAUCUGCUGUGCAUCUCCUCCUACUGUGGCCUGGGGGUUGUUUUCCAAGGAAUGCGGGCCCUGCUGGCCCACAGCCCGCGGCUCAUCUGCUGGGUGGUGUUUGGGGUGCAGCUAAGUGUUGGAGAAGGGAUUCUCUUCACUCUGGCCUUGAUGGCUCUCAACACUUACCUGGCAAUUUGCUGGCCACUGAAAUCUCUGUCCUUGGUGGGUUCAGUUAAGUACAGGAUUCUGGCUGGAACUUGGAUGACCAUAAUACUCAAGAAUGUCUGCUUAUUCCUCAUCGAGGUCACUAACUUAGCCCCCAUUGCUGUUUUUAAGUUGGAACCCCUAUGCCCUGUGACCUUGAAUAGCAUUCCUGCCAGAGCCAUGGGCUUGGUUUUCCUGUUCCUUCCUUUAUCUGUCAUUCUUCUAAGUUACUCUCUGAUCUAUCGAGAAGGGAAACGAGCCGGCCAUUUUAACAGGUCCAACCUCAAAGCGAGGAAAACAGUUCUUAUUCAUUUAGUGCAGAUAAGUUUACACGUAUUGCCAACCCUGAUCAUCUUGGGUUUAGGCAAGAGGUGUGGGGUGUCUUUCUUUGCUCUAAAUCUGGUGCUUUUUGGUGUCUUUGCAUUUGCCCAGUGUUUUAACCCGCUGGUCUACGGGCUUCAGAACACAGAGCUGCGGAGCAGGUUGCACCACGAGGUGUGCUGUCGCCUGGGCUCUGGUCACACGAGGAGCAGCAGAGGGCCGGUCUAACAAAACUCCUCCACUUUGAAUGGAUAACUCCAAUGCUGAGAGACACAUCAGCAAGGGCCAGGACCUGCCUUUGACUCAACCCCAAAUGGGUAUCUUUAUUUGGUUACGGAAGAACCUGAGUCAACCAAAAUGAUGUUUUGCUGCCACGUACACUGAACUGGCCCCUGUGAAAUCAUCUUCGUGUCUUUAAUUUUAAACUGAGAUCAACAUCUCUCACAGCCUGCCCCACUGGUAAUCCAGGCCUAUGGGGUGGUUCUGAGGGAAACGGAGAAGGGCUGAGGCAGCCGCGGCAAGAUGUCAAGUGAGGAGGUCAGGGGCAGGGCCAGAAUGGGAGCAGGGAGAGGGUCUUCUGACAAGGCCAACUUCCUGCUUGAUGAAGUCCUCAUGGACACAAGCAGGGACCCAACCAGACAGACAUUCCUGUACUCGCGCUCCCAAGCAGGGGACCCAGUAGAAACACUAAGACAGACAUGGGGACAGAGGAGCACCCAUGAAAUGAAAGGAAAUGAAUGUAGGGAAAGUGUGGAUGGGGGAGGGGAUAAGGAAAGGAGGAAAUUCCAGAGACCAUAAAAGAACAGGCCAAACUCCCCACUGGGUUCUCAGCUCUGGGGCCCCUUCUCUCUGGAGAAGUCUCUUUCUGUAUCUCUGUUGCUUUUGCAACAAACCUACUUCUUGCUUGCUGUCUCUGUCCUGUUCUUCCCUUCUUUGCUGAACAGAGACAACCCACCCAGCACCCCUAGAUGGUAACGGUUCUAUGGUCAACAGUCUCAUUCUCCUCUGCUCUGCCCUGAUCUGUAGCUACCUCAUGAUCCACAACGGCUGUUAGUGCGUCUAUCAUGACACUCACACUCCAGCCAAUAAGAAGGAAGCAGGGGCAAAGAAGGGAUCGAAUCUUCCUUCUCAUGACACUUUCUAGGAGUUACACAAAACAUCACCUUGCUUCUAACUGCCCCAGACUUGGUCAAAUGGCUACGCCUGGCCUUAACAAAGGCUGGGAAUAAGCUUCAGUUGGGAAGCAGUGUUCCCAGCUAAAAACUGGGGUUCUUUAUACCAUGAAAGGAGGGAAGAAGAUAUUGGAAGGCCAAGUUGUUUCAAGGAUCAUUUUCCUCCCAACCAAAAAAAAAAAAAAAAAAAGACAAUGGAUGGGUCAUGAUCACCACAAAGAGCCUGCACUUCAAUAUUAUAUAUAAACAGAGUCAAGUCUUCAGGACCCAGGAAGCUUCCCUUGCUUGAUGUUAACAGUUCUCGAAAAACAAGAACAUCGAAACGGCUUAGACAUGGGCGCCAAUUCAAAACCUAAUUCUAAGCAAGUCUGAGGUGGGGGCAUGAAAUAAAUUCCUUCACAGAGGUUUGCGUGUGGGUUUCUGUGUUUUCUCAGAGGACUCAUUUCAGAAUUGGUCAGGAUUCAGUUCUAGAGACAGGAGUCAUCAUUCUUGGUAUUUUAAGCAAAAGGACUCGACCCAGGACUCAGAAGCUUAACAAAGCCACUGGAAGGGCCUGAGGAGCAGAAGUCAGGGGCCAGUGAUUGACGUCAAGGGUGAACCUCUGCCGUGGGGUCUGCUGCCACCAUGGUCCCCGCUACCUCCAGACCCCACAUCUUUGUGACCUGACUUUCCAGAAGGAACAAGAUGGUCCCCGUCUCCUUCUGCUUCUACAUGUCACACGACUGUCUCUUACUGGUGUCACCUGGCUGGCUCUGGAGCCCUAGAAGCAAGGAGUCUGGAAAAUGCAGUUCCUGGUUUCACAGAUUGGGUGGUGCAGGAGGUCACCACAAAAGGGGAGGGAAAUGAGGGCAAAAGGAGCCGAUCACAGGAGCCCCCUUACUACUGAGUUUUGUUUACAGGGCAGAGCAACAGGAACAGAAACAAAAGGACUAGUUACUGAGCAACUCUGACGCUCCCUGACACCGUGAGAGUCACUUCACCUACGUCAAUCCCGCACACCAACUCUACAAUGUGCUUCUAGUUAUUCCUGAUUUAUAAACGAGAAAAGCAGAGGCUUGGGAAGGUCCUACCUGAGCUCAGAGGUCAGGACAUUUCCUCACCCUUGCUACCCCCCUUACGCUGCCCAGCGGGAUCACCACUGGGAGCUGGGCCAGUUGCUUGGGGAUUCAGGCCUGGGUUUCCCAUGUGUCCUGGGUGUGGACACCCAGCAAGGAGAAGCAGCAUCUCCCUCCUCUCCACUCGCAGGCCUCCCUUGCGUUCAGAGACCAGGGGCUCCUCUGCUGCCCCUGUGCUGCUCCUGGGCUUCAAGGUCUGCUGUCUCCUCUCAGAGAAGUCAAAGCGCCACCUUGUCUUUUCCAGAGUUCAAGUGUCUUUCCAGGAUGGCGCCAGGUCUUCUUUGUCCCCGACACCCAACUGGAGCUUGCUAGACCGCAGGCACCCCGAUGAGAAAGAGACCCAUGACCUGUGAAUCCGGCUUUGUACACAGUCACACCCCACAAAAGCCAUGCUUUCUCUGUCACAAUAUUAAACAAUAUGAGAGCCAAGACUAUCUUUGUCUCCCAGAAAGUGAAAAAAAAAAAGUAAAAAAAAAAAAAAAUUACCAAGCUUAACUCAGUUUUAAAUCCUCCAUUUACUAAACAACAUUCAACUAUCCUUAAAAAAUUUUAAACUCUAUUUUCUGAUAUCAAAGGGAGACUUUUGCUUGUAACAACAGUUGAAUGCUAUAUGGUAAUUUUAUAUUUUCACUUGGAAAUUAUCUUUUAAAACAAAUUUUUAAAAUUGAGAAUCUAUUUGUGUAAAAUUCAAAAGGUUUGCGAUGAUUUUUAGUGCAAGUAGGCCUCCUCCCCAUUUCUCUAGGUCCUCAGCAGUCUUCUAAGACUCAGUAACUUACAAGGGUUUUCUUUUUGUGUGUGUUUUCAAGAACUGACCUACAGAAGGUAAGCUGAGCAUUUCCCAUAUGAAAGGUAACUUUGCUUUUAUUUUUAUUAUUUUUUUUCUUUAUGUGGUGCUGAGGAUCUAACUCAGUGCCUCACACAAGCUAGGCAAGUGCUCCACCACUGAGCCACAACCCCAUCCCCUGUAAGGUAACUUUGAUUUUGAUAUCCUGGAUUUGGAUUGGAAAGUUAUUUAAGUUGGUAUUUAGAGUGACAGACAGUUCAUGACAUAAACAAUAAUCAAUUUCAUGAUGUGCAAAUCCUUUGAACCCCCAGAGAAGUACAAACUUGAGCAAGAUACAGAAGGGAAGGGGAGAGAGGAAGUAGUGGCUCAAGUCACUUACAGUUAGCUGAGUUCUUGUAAAAUGUCCUUUUUCAUGCAGACGUGGCGCAAUGAUCCCGAGUUUCAAGUUGGAAAGUGUGGGGUUUGGGGCAAAUGUUCAGAAGAGAUGGACUUUGCAAAUAGCCCUAAGAAAAAAUAAAUCACUUAAGGAAGAAAUGUGAAUCAUCUCAGAAUUUCCAAGUUUUAACCAACAUUUCAUAUAAAUAGGUGCAACCAUAUCAUACUUCCUGAAACCGUUUUUCUUCUAUGUAGAUAUGCCAAAUAAAAACACAAAUUGACUAAUUUAAAAAGCUUGGGCAAAGUAUCUAAAAAGCAAGAUCAGAAAAAUAGUUCAUAAUUUUCAUCUUAAAAAAUGCUGAAUGAAUCCAGAUUAUUAUUUAAAAGUAGUUUAAGACACACUUACAAAUUUUAAACCUUGUUGUCCUCUGAAAAGUCAAAGGCUAUGGCAGGAACUGCCUGCUGAUGGCUAAGCAAAGAAUUGCCUGCUGAUGGCUAAGCAAAUAUAUAUAAUGGAGAGAAAACUGGGCAUCUUCCAAUGAUGGGCAUAGGGGAGAGGAUGCCCGAGAGGUCUCCUGGGCCAAGAGGACAGUGGGGAGGUCCAGUUGUGGGGUUGCUGGAAAAGAUGUAUGCCUAAAGUCUUCAUGGCAAAGGAGAGGGGACUCAUCUGAGAGGCUGGACAGGUUACCCCUGGCAGCAGAGGAUGACGAUGGAAUGAGAAACAUCUGGCCAGAGGCAAGCAUUGCCCAAGAGUCCAGAGGGGUUAACUCUGAAGAUACCACUAAGUGCUACAGGAGAAAAAGAAUCAUCUUUGGAGUCUGCUUCAAUGGAAAAUGCAAGCAUCUGCUUUUGUUGAGGAUGGUGUUUCCUGAACCUUCCAUCUCCCAACCUGGAGGAGUCACAAGCAUUCUGGAAGUCAAGUGUUGAUCCCCGAUGCUAAGAAAAGACCAUUGACCCCAAUUUUAAAUCAAAUGAAAGCAAGCUUGUAUUUGUGUACACAAAGGCUGGCCAGCAACUGUCUCACCCGAAAUCUUGGGCCAGAGAUCAGCACCCCAGCUCUCCAGGAACACGGUUAUAUAGCACAAAAAGUUGAGAACUUACAGAUAAAAGGAUUUCAACAAGCUUAAUACAAAGGCAGAUAGAAGAUUAAUGAUCUACAUGGCAUUAUAUUUCAAGGUGUUUCAAAAUUUACGAGGCGCCACUGAGGUUUCAGAGAGGGUUGUUAUCUGGCCAGGGAAAGCAGGCAUGGGUGAGUUCAAGGCACAGGCAGGAAUUCCAAACAAGUUUAGAAAUCGCAGUAAUUUAUAAUAAAACAGAAAUUAACUUUUCAUGACUUUAUGAUGAGAUGGCUCCUAAUCUUAAGAAGGAAUUAAGGUUGGGGAUAUAGUUCAGUUGGUAGAGUGUUUGCCUUUCAUGCGUAAGGCCCUGAGUUCUAUCCUCAGCAUCAC